AUGUCGUUGUGGCAAUCAUACCGUAACCUUUCAAGCCGUACCCGACUCCUUAUUGGCGGAGGCAUUAUUGCAUAUGCCAGUCUGGGCCUUCUCGUCAGUGAUGAGGCAGAGAAGAUCUUUGGUUUCACGCCAACUGAAGCAGACAAGCAAAGGCUAAAGGAGGCCGUGCCGAAGAUCUACGUGGUGGACAAGGAGAAGUGA